ACUACUUUAUAUCAAAUCUCUUUCAAAGAUUAUAUCAAAGAAACUCAAAUGGGCUUUUUCGCUUUCAUUCUUCUUAUCAUUUCUCUACUUGGUUUUUCAAGUGCAAAGCUUUUAGGCAUAAACUAUGGUCAACUUGGGAACAAUCUUCCAUCACCAUACCAAUCCAUUGAGCUCAUCAAAUCUAUGAAUGCAGAUGGAGUAAAGCUCUAUGAUGCCAACCCAGAAAUCCUAAAACUUCUUAUGGGCACAAACCUAAAAGUCUCAAUUAUGGUUCCAAACAAUGAAAUCUCAAUUUUAGCUUCAAAUCAAAGUAAAGCUAAUGAAUGGGUUCAAAACAAUGUUCUUCCUUACUAUCCACAAACUAUGAUCAGAUUCUUACUAAUUGGAAAUGAAAUUCUAAGUUACUCUACUGAACAAGAUAAAGUAAUGUGGUUUGAUUUAGUACCUGCCAUGAACAACAUUAGAAGCUCUCUUAAAGCUUUGAAUAUCAGAAAUAUCAGAAUUGGAACCCCUUUAGCUAUGGAUAUUCUUCAAUCAACUUUUCCACCUUCGAAUUCGGUUUUUCGAUCAGAUAUUUCAGAAUCUGUAAUCUUACCCAUGCUUCAAUUUCUCAACAAAACCAAAUCUUUCUUCUUCAUUGAUGUUUACCCUUACUUUCCUUGGUCUUCAAAUCCAACAAAUAUUAACCUAAAUUACGCUUUACUAAACCCUAACCCUAAUCCUAAUUUCCAUUACUCAGAUCCAGGAACAGGGUUGAUCUACACCAAUCUCCUCGAUCAAAUGCUCGAUUCGUUGCAUUUCGCAAUGGCCAAGCUAGGGUUUUCAAAAAUCCCCCUUUUGAUUUCCGAAACAGGGUGGCCUACCGCCGGCGAUUUUGAACAGGUGGGAGCGAAUGUAUACAAUGCCGCAACUUAUAAUCGGAAUCUGAUUCACAGAUUGACCGCGAAACCACCGAUCGGAACACCGGCUCGUCCAGGGGUAAAGAUUCCGACUUUCUUGUUUGCUCUCUUCGAUGAGAACUUGAAGACUGGACCGGGAAUUGAACGUCACUGGGGCUUGCUCCGUCCUGAUGGAACACCAAUCUACGAGAUCGAUCUGGCCGGGAAAAUGCCGGCGGCGAAGGUGUAGAAUCCAUUUACCGACACCGGAAUAGAAACGGUGGGUGUAUUCAAAUUUCUUCUUUAUAUAUUGAGCCAAUUAUAGGCCGUGUUGGCACGUGUGGAUUGUACACGUGCGAAAGUUUAUCUGAGCGUGUGGAAAUGAAAUAGUAUUCCAACACGUGUGGAUUUAUUUAUAAGAGAAACCGAUACGAGUGAAAAUUAUCAAAGGUAACAAA